AAUACCGCCUUUCGAUACCACUGGCUUGUUUGGCAGCUAACCGGUAUUAUACAACCUCGUUACUUUCCCACGUACUGGUAUCGCUUGUACGCUGUACUUGUUAACAUUCUAGUCACCCUGCUAUUUCCUUUAACGUUCGUGAUCAAUGUAUUUUUCUCUAAAAACUUGCAACAACUAUGCGAAAAUCUUAUUAUAACCUUAAGUGAUAUCACAGCAAAUUUAAAAUUUCUAAAUGUUUUUCUAGUACGAAAAGAGUUGCAACGAAUAAAAAUAAUAUUUGAAUAUUUAGAUAAGAGAUUAAAUACCGAAGAGGAAUACCGACAACUUAAACGAGCUAUACGUACCGCUCAAUUAUCAUUUUGUAUAUUCUGGGCGAUAUCCACGACUGGCACCAGCUUAAGUGUCUUGAUGGUUCUUUACAGCGAAGAUCGCUCUUUACUGUUUCCCGCUUGGUAUGGUUUAGAUUGGCAGAAUAACGAUUUAGCUUACGCUGUAUGCUUCACCUAUCAAUUGGUGGCGUUGGUUGUACAGGCUAUACAAAAUGUAGCCAAUGAUUCAUAUCCACCGGCAUAUUUAAUUAUUUUAACCAGCCAUAUGCGCAGCUUGGAAUUAAGAGUGCGUUCUGUGGGUCUGUCGCCAGCAGACAAUAAACAAAAUAUGUUUUUAAACGAAAGGGAACAACAGUUAGAUUUAAAAAAAUUCAACGAUUGCAUAGAGGACUUUAUACAAAUAAACCGACUUUACGAUAUGAUACAAAAAAUUCUUUCUAAAGCGUGUUUAGCUCAAUUUAUCUGCACCGCCUUAGUUCAAUGUGUUGCCGGUUUGCAUAUUUUAUACUUAUUAGAUGAAUCUGGUGACUAUGGCGCUCAGAUCCUAUCACUUAUCUUCUUUUUGGCUGUCACUAUGGAAGUAUUUAUAAUUUGUUACUUUGGUCAUUAUAUGAGUGCUCAGAGUUUGGCAUUAAUUGAUGCUUUCUACGAAUGCGGCUGGAUAUCUCAGACGUUAGCUUUUCGUCGAAAUCUUAUCAUCACGUUAAUGCGCACGCAGAGAUAUGCCAUCAUAUACGCCGGCGCCUAUAUACCAGUAGACCUGUCAACAUUUCUAUUGCUCAUGAAAUACGCUUACUCUACAUUUACUCUAUUAUUGCGCUUUAAAUAA